UAAUCGGCGGUCAAGACCAGCAGCAGCAUGGUGAAUUAACGGCUGCCAUCGCCCGCAACUUCAAUAACUUUUACCAAGCCGAAUUGCUAAAAUUGCCACAAUUUGCUAUCCCUCAAUUAGGGGGUAAAAUUAUGGGCUUGCAAAAUCCGGAAAAAAAAAUGUCCAAAAGUGAAAACGACCAUUUGGCUUUACUCGAUGAACCUGAAAUUGUCAAAAAAAAAAUCCAGCGAGCGGAAACAGACUCAGAAAACAAGGUUUAUUAUGACCCAAUAAAAAAAACUGGCAUUUCUAACCUUUUGCUUAUUUAUGCUUUGUUCAAGAAGGUCAGCCCGCAGGAAGCGGAAAAAGAGGUGAGUAAUUUAAACUACCACCAAUUUAAAACUAAAUUAGCAGAAUUAGUUUGCGCUAAAUUCCAAAUUAUUCAAGAAAAGUUUCCUAUUUAUCAAGCCAAAAUCACUGGCUUAUUGGAAAAAAAUCAACAUUACUGCCAAAAACUGGCUCAGCAAAAAUUAAAAGAGAUUAAAAAUAAAAUGAAAUUGCCAAAUUAA